AAUAUAACGAAGCGCCAUAUGCGCAAAAAAUAGAAGUUUUAUAAGCACCAUCUGUUCAGUUCAGUUCGUUCCACAGACAAAGAAACUACAACUACCCAGCCAUUGCUUGUUAGUUUACUAAUAGUCAUUGACAUUUGCUGACUAACCUGUAUCAGCAUGGCUUCGAAUUUAAUGAAAGUUGUCGCCUCUUCUGUUGCAAUUGCAGGGAAAGCAGGAAAUGCAAUCCGGUUAAUAAUGAAGUCUGGCGACCUUGGUGUAAUUGAUAAGGCAGUAAAAGAUGGUAAUUUUGAUCCUCAAACUGCUGCUGAUCGAACAGCUCAAGCUAUUAUUGUGGCAUCUUUAUCCAAACAAUUUCCUGAUUUGUUAAUUGUUGGUGAAGAGGAAGGUUGUGAUGCUGUUAGUGAAGAAAUGCUGGUUGAAGACCCUGAUAAGGAUGUAUUGAAACAAAACUGUCCGGAUAAUUUUAAAAAUCUAAAGCUUUCUGAUCUUGUUGUUUGGGUUGAUCCACUUGAUGGUACAAAGGAAUUCACCGAAGGUCAUGUGGAGCACGUGACUGUUCUGAUUGGUAUCUCAGCGCAUGGCAAAGCUAUAGCUGGUGUUGUGCAUCAACCAUUUUUCUCAAAUGAAGGAAGAACAAUAUGGGGCGUCGUAGGCCUGGGUGCUUUUGGCGUAUCCGCCACUGUUUCUCCUCCAGGACGCCGCAUCAUUACCACUACGAAGUCACACAUGACUGACAAUGUUCAACAAACAAUUGACGCCAUGAAGCCCGAUAAAGUUUUAAGGACUGGUGGCUGUGGUUAUAAAGUAUUGCAGGUCAUUGAAGGUAUAGCUGACGCCUAUGUAUUCGCAACUCCUGGCACUAAAAAAUGGGAUACUUGUGCACCCGAGGCUGUUUUGAUUGCUAUGGGUGGAAUGUUGACAGACAUUCGGAAUGAACGUAUUGAUUACAGUAAGACAGCUCCAAAAUAUUUUAUGAACUGGACAGGCAUAUUAGGGACAGCUAGCGAGCAUGAUAGCUACGCGUCGAAAAUUCCUGAAAGUAUCCGAGAAAGUUUAAAGAUGAAAUUUGAUGAAAAAACAAAAUAGUGAAUAAUACAUUAUGGAUAUAAUUUAUUAAAUUCUUAUUGAGAGAUUGCAUGAAGAAAAUUUAGCGAGAUAGGCGAAUUUUUUUAAAUAGACCAAAUUAAAUCUACAAGCGAAAAAAAAAACAUUUUCGAUUCCCCAGAAUUAACCACGCCAAAAUUUCUAUUUUAGGCAAUCACCGAGUUACACUUUCUUCUAAUUUGUUAAUUUUUAUUAUUUAUUUAUCUUUGUGAUUGCACUGUUAUUGUUGUAAAUCGUCAGCAUAUAGUUCUUAUCUGAUUUGUACAAAUGCAUAUAUUUUAAGGCCUGGUGCCUAGUAUAUAUACAAAAGUAUGUUUAAAUUUUCAUAGAAAUAAAGAAGCACACAAACUUA